AGACAGUCUGUGAGUUCAAAAACAAGCUUCAAGGUCAAUGGCAUUUAAUGAAUGAUCUGAAGUAAAACUUGAUCAAGAGUCAAAAUCAAGAUUUUUUUUAAAGGAUUCCUGAAACCAUAUGGAUAACGAUCAAAGAUAGAGCCUGUCAGAAAGAGUUACCAUGCCAACAAACAAGCAAAAAGUUCACAGGAGUUGCCAAUGCGGGUGGUCCAAUGUGACAACAUACCAAGGCCUUCGGAUACACCAAGGCAAGGCAAAGUGUGGAGGAUACGGCAUGGCGCUGCCCUUUACAUCAUCCACAUUGCUGACCACACCAUCUCAGAACUGGACAGUGCACAACUCUCUCACAGCACCCAGCAUCGUACACAAGCAGCGUGAGGAACCUGCUAGCCUGCGGCACCUGCAGCAGACCUACGGCAUCACCGGGAUUACCCUUCAGGAUGAGCCACCGCGGGGAACCCUCGGCAGCGUCUGGACCAGGAGGGACGGGGGCCAGAGCCUUCUGGAAGUGGGAAGGGAAAUCUACACUGAGGAGAGGGCCCAGAGUUAUGAUCCCAUAGCAGCCCUGAAGGAACGGGCUAGUGAUGAAAUGGAAAUACUGAAAAAAGAGAAGGAAUGCCUCAGAACCAGGUACACAGAGCUGGAAGACAUUUAUCAACAAAAGUGCAUUGACAUGGAGGAAUUAUACAAACAAAAGUGUGAUGCUUUGGAAACAGCAUAUCAACAAAAGUACACUGAACUGGAAGGGGCAUAUCAACAAAAGUGCAUUGACAUGGAGGGAUUAUACAAACAAAAACUGACAGAAGAGCAAAGCAAGGUGCAAGAGCAAAUAAUCAAUCUGCAAAAAGACAGCAGAAUAACAGAAGAAAAAAUGGAAAAACAACAGCAAGACCAUAAGAAGUUGCAGGCCAGGCUGGCAUCAUCAAUCGCUAAUGAAAUACAACAAAAUUCAAAACUGUUGAAUGACCCAUGCAGACAAUCUGAGCUUGUUUUGCAAUAUGAAGAGUUGAGACUCAAGCGCCUGCCCAAGAUUAUAUCCUCAAAACAGUUUCAAUCUGAUGAGGCCAGAAGACGUAUAGCCUCAUUAGUAAAGAGCACAUUUGAAAAAGCAUCGAAGGACAUGGAGGCUAAAACAGGUGGAUUAUGUGCUAUUUUCCCUGAUGAUGGUGGGGAAGACAACAAGGAUAUGAUGAUAUCCAAUUACAUAAAAGAAACAAUUCGUUAUCUUCAGAUGGCUGUACUGUGCAAAGACAACUCGUACUACAAGGAAAUAAUUACGGUUUUAAUUAAAGAGGAGCCAGCAAUGUUGACCCCGUUCAUUGCCCGGUGGUAUAAGAUCAGCUGUUUGAUGUGUCUGCACAACCCACAACUGGUACCCAGCUGGGACACAAGAAGCACUGCAGCUGAUCCAGAUAUGAAAAUCUUCCCACCUAUUGGAGUGGUGUCCAGUGAAAAGACAAAAGACAACGAUGUGUGAACAUCAGUGAAAAACUGUCUAUUUGAAUUAUAUUCCAUGGGGAUGAUGCAGUUUACCAUCGUUCUAAUACUGAACUGUGUAGGUUUGGUCUCAGAUUUGGUGAGGACAAACCCCUAGCUAGAUACCAAAAUUAUUGUUUGAAUUAUUGAUACCAAUACGGAUAUUGAUAAUUUUGCGAUUAUUUAAAAUUUGAUUUGAUUAAGUGGCCCCCACCACCUUGACACCAUCAGUAAUACUGAAUAUUGUGUCAUCAUUCACACCAGAGGCGAUCCUAGACUCUGAUUGGCCCUAAAAAAAAAAAUUAAAUGCUGAAGUGCAAAGGGAAUAUUAAAAUGUUUUACACUGACUUUUUUGGUUAUGCAUUGGUAGACAACCCUGAUAACUUAGCCUAUCUGACACGCCCGCUUGCUUGUCUGCCAGUGCCACCUUGACGAUCUUGUGCAUGUUAGAUAACUCCCUGUCAGUUUCAGCCAAUGAAGCCACUAAAUUACUAAAUUCUUGUUAUUCUUGUUGAUGUGAAUAAACUAUUCAUGCACUCA